UCCUCUCUCUCUCUCUCUCUCUCUCUCUCUCUCUCUGUUCAUUUGCAUUGUUUUUCCUCCUCACUUUUGACCACUGGAGAUAUCAUGGAGUCCGAAGAAGGUGUCGUCGAUGCCCAGACCACCCAGGGCUUGGCUGAAGUCCAGGCUUUGAACUCACCUCCCUCUGUCGUGCGAGAUUUUGUGCUCCGCUCAAAAGGAAACACUGUCAUCACCAAGGUUCUGAUUGCCAACAACGGCAUGGCUGCCGUCAAGGCCAUCCGGUCGAUCCGAAAAUGGUCCUACGAGACCUUUGGCGAUGAGCACGCCAUCAAAUUCACUGUCAUGUGUACUCCCGAGGAUCUUCGCGUCAACUCCGAGUUCCUUCGCAUGGCUGAUCAGUAUGUCGAAGUCCCCGGUGGAACAUCCAAUAACAACUACUCAAACGUGGACCUCAUCGUCGAUAUCGCCGAGAGAACCGGUGUCCACGCUGUCUGGGUCGGCUGGGGCUUUGCCUCCGAAAACCCCAUCCUGGCCGACAAGCUGAGCGCCCUCAAGUCCAAGCCUGUCUUCAUCGGCCCUCCUCCGGCCGCAAUGCGUGCUCUGGGCGACAAAAUUGCUUCCACCGUGGUUGCCCAGUCGGCUCAGGUUCCCUGUGUCUCCUGGAGCGGUGACGGCCUUGUCACCGAUGCCUACGACGAGCACGGCCGCGUGUAUGUGCCGUCCGAAAUCUUCCGACAGGCGACCACCGUCGACGUGGAUGAGGGUCUGGCUCACGCCGAGCGCAUCGGCUUCCCUGUCAUGAUUAAGGCCUCCGAGGGUGGCGGUGGCAAGGGUAUCCGCCUCGUCGACGAUCCCAAGAACUUCAAGCAGGCCUUUGUUCAGGUCCAGCGUGAGAUUCCCGGCUCGCCCAUCUUCAUCAUGAGGGUUGUGCGUGGUGCUCGCCAUCUGGAGGUCCAGCUGCUCGCCGAUCAGUACGGCAACGCCAUUGCCCUGUUUGGCCGUGACUGCUCUGUCCAGCGUCGCCACCAAAAGAUCAUCGAGGAGGCUCCCGUCACCGUCGCCCCGCAAGAGACCCUUCACGAGAUGGAGCAGGCCGCUGUCCGUCUCGCCAAGCUCGUCGGUUACGUCAGUGCCGGCACCGUCGAGUAUCUGUACGAUGUCGCCUCUGGCAAGUACUACUUCCUCGAGCUCAACCCUCGGCUGCAAGUCGAGCACCCCACCACCGAGAUGGUCUCUGGAGUCAACAUCCCUGCGGCCCAGCUGCAGGUGGCGAUGGGUAUCCCCCUGAGCUGCAUCCGCGACAUCCGUAUCCUCUACGGCCUCACCCCCACCGGUGUCUCCGAGAUCGACUUUGACUUUAGCAAGCCUGGCUCACUCCAGAUCCAGCGCAAGCCCUCGCCCAAGGGCCACGUCAUUGCCGCCCGUAUCACCGCCGAGAACCCCGAGGCCGGCUUCAAGCCCAACAGCGGCAAGGUCCUGGAACUCAACUUCCGAUCCAACAGCAACGUCUGGGGCUACUUCUCCGUCAACUCCUCGGGCGGUGUCCACGAGUUUGCCGAUUCUCAGUUCGGCCACAUCUUCUCGUACGGUGAGACCCGCGAGAACUCGCGCAAGAACCUGGUCAUGGCCCUGAAGGAGCUCUCGAUCCGUGGUGACUUCCGCACCACCGUUGAGUACCUGAUCAAACUCCUGGAGGACCCCACCUUUGUCGACAACGGCGUUACUACCUCGUGGCUCGAUGGCAUCAUCGCAAAGAAGGUCGAGAUUUGGCAGCCCGACAGCGUCCUGAUCUCGGUCUGCGGUGCCCUCGUCAAGGCCCACAACUUUUUCGAGCACAACAAGAACGAGUAUCUCAAGAUGCUCGAGAAGGGCCAGUCGCCCGGCAAGCACCUGCUUACCUGCUCCCACGUCGUCGACUUUAUCUGCAACAGCAUCCAGUACAGGAUCUCGGCCGCCAUGGUUGGAUCCGAGACCUUCCGCCUCACUGUCAACAACUCGGCCAUCUUUGUGAUUGCCAAGAAGCUGGCCGACGGCGGUCUGCUGAUCCUGCUGGAUGGCAAGAGCCACGUCGUCUACUCCAAGGAGGAGCCCCACGGCACCCAGCUGAUCCUUGACGGCCAAACCUGUCUGCUGGAGAAGGAGAACGACCCGACCAAGCUGCGCUCGCCCUCGCCCGGCAAGCUGGUUCGCUACCUGAUCGAGGACGGCAGCCACAUCAAUGCCGGUGAGGCCUUUGCCGAAAUCGAGGUCAUGAAGAUGUACAUGCCGCUGGUUGCCUCCGAGAGCGGCCACAUCAAGUUCACCAAACCUGCCGGCAGCGUCCUCUCCAACGGCGACAUCAUCGGCAGCAUGGUCCUGGACGACCCCAGCCUCGUCAAGAAGGCUGUUCUCUUCGAGGGCGUCUUCCCGGCCUUUGGCCCGCCCAGCAUCAUCGGCGACAAGGCCCACCACCGCUUCCGCAGCAUCAAGAAGAACAUUGAGAGCGUCCUGGCCGGCUACGACUACCAAGGUGACUAUGCCACCCUGAUCCGCAGCCUCAUCGAGCUGCUGCGCGACAACGAGCUGCCCUACCACGAGCUCUUUGAUGUCCUGUCGUCGCUCUCGGGCCGCAUCCCCGGCAAGCUCGAUGCCGAUCUCCACGCCGAGCUGGACAAGUUCCGCGAGUCGGGCGAGCCUUUCAGCUCCACCAGCUUCACUGCCCACAUCGAAGCCACCCUCGCCAGUCUGCCGCUGGAGGAGCAGUCCAUUUUCGCGGCCUCGGUGGCGCCCUUCCAGACCAUCCUGGAUCUCUACAAGCAGGGCCAGAAGCACCACGAGCGCGCCAUCAUCGCCGAGCUCAUCGAGCAGUUCCUCACCGUCGAGGAGCUGUUCCACGAGAAGCGCUACGAAGAUGUUCUGCUGCAGCUCCGAGACAAGUACAAGGGUGACCUCGGCCUCGCCCACCAGAUUGCUCUGGCCCAGUCCAAGGGCAACAUCCGCGCCGAACUGAUGCUGAGCAUCCUCGAUCUGAUCCGCUCCGACAACGACGGUGAAGCCUGGAAGGCUGUGUACAUGCCCUUCAUCAACCGCCUCGCCAACGUCUCUGGCCGCUCCAUCGCCAAGGUCUCGCUGCGCGCCCGCGAGCUGCUGAUCUACAACCAGCUGGCCACCUACGAGGAACGCUCGCAGAGCACCUUCAGCGUCCUCAACAGCGCCAUGCGCCCGGGCUUCGACCCCAAGGACCCCAAGACGGCCUCGUUCAGCUACGAUCGCCUCUCGCAGCUCAUUACCUCGAACCACGCCAUCCUCGAUGUGCUGCCGUCGUUCUUCUACCACGAGAACGCCGGCAUCAGCUCGCUGGCCCUGUACACCUACGUUGUCCACACCCACCAGGCCUACAGCAUCACCUCGGUCAAGCACAACACCAACGUCACCCCCGUUGUCUUCCAGUGGGAGUUUGUGCUGCGCCCCAGCUUCAAGUCCAGCGACCCAGUCAGCUCCCUGCGUUCGCCUACCACCACCACCCUUGGUAGCUUCUCGGACCUCUCGGCCUUGGGCUACGACUCCAAGACCCACCGCAAGGGCUUCAUGUGCGCCUUUGACGGCCUCGACGAUGUUGUCUCGAAGCUGCCGGCAGUCAUUGAGGAGUUUGGCGAGGGCAAGCUCGACAUCCGCCGCUCGCUCAUGAACGUCUUGAGCGUCGCUGUCCGGGACGACUCUGAUGCCAUCAACAACGACCAGAAGGCCCACGACAAGUUCGGCGAGAUUGUGCAGAGCCUCCGCGGUCCGCUCCGCGCAAAGUCGAUCCGCCGCAUCACCUUCAUGGUCAUCCGCGAGAACCAGUUCCCCCGCUAUUUCACCUUCAAGGAGGCGCAGGACUACCACGAAGACCAGGUCAUCCGCCACAUCGAGCCCGCCAUGGCCUACCAGCUCGAGCUGCAGCGCCUCACCAACUUUGACAUCAAGCCCAUCUUCAUCGAUGACCGUCGCCUGCACAUCUACCACGCCGUCGGCAAGAAGAACACGUCCGACAUCCGCUUCUUUGUCCGCGCCAUUGUCUAUCCCGGCCAGGUGGUCUCCAAGGUCAGCACCCACGACUUUUUGGUCUCGGAGGGCAACCGCAUCCUGACGGACAUCAUGGACGCCCUCGAGAUCGUUGGCGCCACCUAUCCCAACACCGACUGCAACCACCUCUUCAUCAACUUCAUCCCGACCUUUGAGCUCGACACGGCCGCCAUCGAGCAGUCGCUUCGAGACUUUGUUGAUCGCCACGGCGCCCGCCUCUGGAAGCUCCGCGUCACCACGGCCGAGAUCCGCUUCAUCCGCCAGAGCCCCAACGGCUCGCCCAAGCCCAUCCGUGUCAACAUCUCCUCGGUCUCUGGCUUUGUCACCAAGGUCGAGAUCUACCAGGAGGUCCGUGACGCCACGGGUGCCCAGAAGCUGAUGUCGCUCACCUCUCCUCCGGGCAGCCUCCACCACCAGCUGGUGCACUCGCCUUAUGCCCCCAAGGAGGCGAUCCAGCCCAAGCGCUACAAGGCGCACCUGCUCAACACCACCUACAUUUACGACUUCCCCGAGCUGUUCCGCCGCAGCCUCGAGAAGACCUGGAUCAAGUACAUGGAGGGCGCCCCUAUCCCCAACACCAUCAUGAACCUGACGGAGCUCGUCCUGGACGAGUCUGGCGAGAACCUGGUCGAGACCUUCCGUGCUCCUGGCUCCAACACCAUCGGCAUGGUUGCUUGGAAGGCCGAGCUCUUCACUCCCGAGUACCCCGAGGGCCGCGAGAUCAUCAUCGUCGCCAACGAUGUCACCUUCAACGUCGGUUCCUUUGGCACUGCGGAAGACAAGCUCUUCUACCUGGCUUCUCAGUAUGCUCGCAAGCACGGCAUCCCUCGCAUCUACAUCUCGGCCAACUCUGGCGCCCGUAUCGGCCUGGCCGACGAGGUCGCCAACCGCUUCAAGAUUGCCUGGGUCGACCCCAACGUCCCCUCCAAGGGCUUCAAGUACCUCUACCUCGACGAGACCGACUACAACACUCUUGUUGUCAACAGCAAGGACUCUCCCAGCUGCAACAUUGAGCGUGUCGAAGACGACGGCGAGAUCCGCUACAAGAUCGUCGAUAUCAUUGGCCGAGUCCACGGCCUCGGUGUCGAGAACCUGCAGGGCUCCGGCAUGAUUGCCGGCGAAACCUCGCGUGCCUAUGAGGAGUCGUUCACGCUGACCUUGGUUACCUGCCGCUCCGUCGGUAUUGGCGCCUACCUCGUCCGUCUCGGCCAGCGUGUGAUCCAGGUCGAGUACACCCCCGUCAUCCUCACGGGCGCCGGUGCCCUCAACAAGGUCCUUGGUCGCGAGGUCUACACCUCCAACCUCCAGCUCGGCGGCACCCAAAUCAUGUUCAAGAACGGUGUUUCGCACCUGGUGGCCCAGAACGACAUGGCUGGUGUCGGUGAGAUCCUCAACUGGCUGACGUACGUGCCCAAGCACUUCAACGCCCCCCUUCCCAUCAUCCCGGCGACCGACUCGAUCGAGCGCGACGUCGAGACCGUGAUCCCCAACGGCCCUUACGAUCCUCGCCAGCUCAUUGCCGGCUAUGCCAACGAGAGCAGCGAGUGGAUUCCCGGCUUCUUUGACAAGGACUCGUUCACCGAGACCCUUGCCGGCUGGGCCAAGGGUGUCGUUGUCGGCCGCGCGCGCCUGGGCGGCAUCCCCGUCGGUGUCGUCGCCGUCGAGACCCGCACGACCGAGCAGAUCAUCUGGGCCGAUCCCGCCAACGAGAACUCUGUCGAGCAGACCGUUGUCGAGGCCGGCCAGGUGUGGUACCCCAACUCGGCCUACAAGACCGCCCAGGCCAUCAACGACUUCAACAAGGGCGAGCAGCUCCCGCUGAUCAUCUUUGCCAACUGGCGUGGCUUCUCUGGCGGCCAGAGCGAUAUGUACAAGGAGGUCCUCAAGUACGGUGCCUACAUUGUCGAUGCCCUCCGCGACUACAAGCAGCCCGUCUUUAUCUACAUUGUGGGCGAGCUCCGUGGUGGCGCCUGGGUCGUCCUCGAUCCCACCAUCAACCCUGAGAUGAUGGAGAUGUACGCCGAGGAGAAUGCCCGUGGCGGUGUUCUGGAGCCCGAGGGCAUUGUCGAGAUCAAGUUCCGCAAGCCCCAGCUGCUGGCUGCCAUCGAGCGCCUCGACGAGACCUACCGCAACCUGAAGCAGAGGCUCACCAGCCCCGACACCCCCGCCGAGGAGAAGCCUGCCCUCAAGGCCCAGUUUGAGCAGCGCGAGAAGGAGCUGCUGCCGCUCUUCCACCAGGCCGCUGUCCAGUUUGCCGACCUGCACGACAAGCCCGGCCGCAUGGUCGCCAAGAAGGUCAUCAACCAGUCCAUUCCCUGGCGCGAGUCUCGCCGUCACUUCUACUGGCGCCUGCUGCGCCGGGUCAGCGAGGACCACCUCAUCAAGGAGAUGCGCUCGGCCGACUCGGAUCUGGACCGCAAGCAGGCCCGCGAGCUGCUGGCCUCGUGGUUCUCGAGCGACCAGCACACCCUGCAGGCUUAUGACAGCUCCGAUCUCGAUGUCGUCCGAUGGAUCAGCACCAAGCGCGUCCAGAUCGACGAGCGCCUGGCCAAGAUCUCCUCGGCUCGGUCCUACAAGGACAUUGAGCAGCUCGUCCGCAAGGAUGCCAACGCUGCCCUCGACGGCUUCCUCGGCGUCUUCAAGCACCUUGAGGGCGACAAGAAGAAGGCGGUCCUUGAGGCGCUGUCCAAGCUCGCCUAAACGGCUUGUUCGUUCCUCCAUCCUCCGCCACCAAGCACACAACUGACCACCGCCGACUCCCGGCUCUGACGAGCCACAGGACAGCCCAGCACUUGCACUUCAUCGCCAGCUGCUCCUCCCCCAUCCUCUUGUCCUUCCUUACGGGGGCAUAUCCCUCCCCCUCCCUGAUUUCCUCGCCGCUCUUUGUUUCUUAUAUUUGAACCCCCGAACCAAAUACAUCACAUAGCGUUCGCAGCACAAAAUGGCG